UUCCGCCGGCGGUCAAGAUUUGUACGUGAUGUAGACGCGCUGGCUUCAGAGCUUGAGAUAGCGCGUCGUCUGAAAGAAGCAUUACUGGUGAGGUGCUAAAGUACGCGGCUAUAAAUAUCUAAGAUAUAGAGAGAGAGAGCGAGAGCGAGAGUGGACUAGGGAGAAGGGGGGAGGCGAUUUGGUCGGGAGGCACAACAGGUAUGGACUCAACUCUUUGCUUCCACAGUAAAGCAUAAACCCUAGGUGCAAAGGCAAAACCCUAAAUUCAGCGAAGUUUUAGUCGAUUUGAACUUUCAAUUUCGCAGAAAGAUCUAUUUAUAUGUAUGUGUGUGCACAAACGUGUGGCUGUUUUGGGAACAGACUGAAUUAGGGCUUGAGAAGUAUAUGUAUGGCUUCGGGGACAAUUCUGAGUGGAAAUGGAGGGGGUGAAGGUUCGAAAGAGAAGCAGAGAUGGGUCGAAAGCAAAGUGUACACGAGGAAGUCGUUCAAAGGGCUGAAACCCGAGAAGAACAGCAGUUUGGGGCAAGCACAAGCUCCAAGCCUAGCUUCCAAAGACGCCAAUUCGGCUGGAAAUGCUGGGAAUGAUUCCUUGAGAGUGAACAGUUCGCAGCUUCUUGCGGUGGGGAAACAGGGGUUUUCGAGGCAGGAGAACCGGGUGACGAUUAAUUUGGGGUCGGGUUCUAAGGAGGAGAUGCGGGAGCUGAGGAGGAAGCUUGAGGGCGAGCUUGAUUUGGUGCGGAAUUGGAUGAAGAAGAUUGAGGGGAAAGGGGGGGAAGUGAAUGGUGGUGAGAACCAUGGAAGCUUGAAGCGGGUUGGUCCGGAGUUGGGGUCUGGGGGUCGGGCUCCAUUGUCUAGGCCUUUGCACCAGCUGAGCAUUUCGGUGAUAGAGAACAGUCAGGGCAUGAGCGAUAAUGUGGAGAAGGAGAAGAGGACACCGAAAGCCAACCAGUUUUAUAGGAAUUCAGAGUUUCUUCUUGCCAAGGACAAGAUCCCACCCGCUGAUAGUAACAAGAAAUCGAAACAAAAUGGAAAGAAGCAAGGGGGCAGUGAACUGGGACAUGGAUUUGGGUUAGGCAUGUUUUCCAAUCAAGUUUUCAAGAGUUGUAGUGCUUUGCUUGACAAGUUGAUUAAGCACAAGUUUGGCUGGGUUUUCAGUGAACCUGUGGAUCCGAAAGCUCUCUGUUUGCAUGACUACUUUGACAUUAUUAAGCAUCCAAUGGACUUGGGAACUGUGAAAUCUAGGCUGAACAAGAAUUGGUACAAGUCUCCAAGGGAAUUUGCAGAGGAUGUAAGACUUACAUUUAGCAAUGCUAUGACCUACAACCCAAAAGGGCAAGAUGUUCACGUGAUGGCUGAACAGUUAUCAAAAAUAUUUGAGGAGAAAUGGGCCAUUAUAGAGGCUGAUUAUAUGCGAGAGUUGCAACUGGCAGUGAACUAUGAAGUGGGGUUACCAACCCCAACCCCUACAUCAAGAAAGCUUCCUUCACAUCUACCACCUGCAGCGGAUAUGAGAAAAAUUUUAGAUAGGUCAGAAUCAAUGAUAAACCCUGUCAUUCAUAGAACAAAAUCCAUGAAUUCUGCACAUUCUGGUCGGACCCCAGCCCCAAAGAAGCCAAAGGCUAAAGAUCCAUAUAAGAGAGAAAUGACAUACGAGGAAAAGCAGAAGCUUAGCACAAACCUGCAGAAUUUACCUUCUGAUAAACUGGAUAAUAUUGUCCAGAUAAUUAAGAAGCGAAAUACAUCACUGAGCCAAAAUGAUGACGAGAUUGAAGUGGAUAUUGAUAAUGUUGAUACUGAAACUCUUUGGGAGCUUGAUAGGUUUGUAACAAACUACAAAAAGAGUUUGAGCAAAAACAAGAGGAAAGCUGAACUUGCCAUUGAAGCCAGAGCACAAGCAGGACUAAAUGUCCGGGAAGAGAACCCAGCCGCUCCCAUGUUCAAGGCGCCAAAAGAAACCAAACCAGCAGGGGAAAAGAGUGUCUCCUCUCCAUCUCUUGUUCAAGUGGAAAAAGAGGGGGAUAAUGCAAAUAAAUUAAGCAGCUCCAGCAGCUCUAGUAGUGAUUCUGGAUCCUCUUCAAGUGAUUCUGAUAGCGAAAGUUCCUCUGGCUAUGGAUCUGAUGCGGGCCAUUCACCUAGGUCUCCAGAAUGAAAUUCAGAUCCUGCUGAUUAAGUGAUGAUGACAUGUUUUCAUCAUGUAUGCAAAGUUUUAAGAUGGUGACGUUGCAUUUCUGAGUCAGUGGUAAAAUAUCUAACCCUCCCCACUGUUAGUCCUCCGCAGUUGGCUGUAUUCAUGGUCACGGGCAGUUGGAUGUAUUCACGGUCACAGGUUUGUGUAAUAAUGGUGUAGUUGGUGAUGACUGGGUACAUAGGUUUAGUUGUGACACAUCUGUAAAUUGCUAACAAUUGCUACUCAGUUAUUAAUGUUUUUGUGCCUGGUGAGUCGGAGCAUAUUCUUUGAUGUUGCAAACACUCUUGUAACUGUAGUAUCUGAAGUCUCAACUGUUGAUACCAUUAUGUUCGCUAGGUCUCAGUAGACUAGUUGGGUAGUAUGCAUUUUCAUGUAUAUGAUUGUUAGCUGAAUAUGUAGAAAUGAGCAAACAGGAUGGUUAUGUAGUAUAUGUACUUUUGUCCUUUGCAACAUCAAUUCAUCAUGAUAGAGUUCCGCAGAAACUGGCUUUUAUCU